AUGGAGGUGCGCGUCGGAGGCAAGUACCGACUUGGUCGGAAGAUUGGGAGCGGUUCUUUCGGCGACAUUUAUAUUGGCGUCAACAUCUUGACCGGAGAUGAGGUGGCUAUCAAGUUGGAAUCUAUAAAGUCGAAGCAUCCACAGUUGCUCUAUGAGUCAAAGUUGUACAAGCUGCUUGGGGGUGGCAUCGGCAUCCCGAUCGUGAAUUGGUAUGGAAUUGAAGGUGACUACAAUGUUAUGGUCAUGGAGCUCCUCGGUCCGUCCCUGGAGGAUUUGUUCAGCAUCUGCAACCGCAAGCUGUCUCUGAAGACGGUACUCAUGCUCGCAGAUCAGAUGCUUAACCGCAUCGAGUUCGUGCAUAGCAAGAACUUCAUUCACCGUGACAUCAAACCGGACAACUUCUUGAUUGGUCGGGGCAAGAAGAUGUCUGUAGUGUACAUCAUCGAUUUUGGUUUGGCAAAGAAAUACCGCGACCCCAAAACCCAGCAGCACAUUCCGUACAGGGAGGGGAAGAACCUCACUGGCACUGCACGAUACGCGUCCAUCAACACGCACCUGGGCAUCGAACAGAGUCGACGUGAUGACUUGGAGGCGCUCGGAUACGUCCUGAUGUACUUCAAUAGAGGCUCGCUCCCGUGGCAAGGAUUGAAGGCGACUACCAAGAAAGACAAAUACGACAAAAUCAUGGAGAAAAAGAUGUCUACACCAAUCGAAAUCCUUUGCAAACACUUCCCGUUCGAAUUCAUCACCUACUUGAACUACUGCCGAUCUCUCCGGUUCGAAGACCGCCCCGACUACGCGUAUUUGCGACGACUCUUUAAGGAUUUGUUCUUUAGAGAGGGAUAUCAGUACGAUUUCAUUUUCGACUGGACCUUCAUCAACACGGAGAAAGACCGCUCCAGCCGACGAAGUCAGCAAGUUUACUUGGAGGACACCCGGCAGGUGGAUGAGAACCCGAACGACCUGCCCAUGUGA